CUGCCUUCUUCUGACGCUGCUGUAUCUUGCACUGUUCCCCAUGCUAUCGUUUAUGCAUCAAGAUCUUUAGGAAAGAACCAACCCAUGGCGGAAACGACGGCCAUCGCUCAGCUGCUGCAGGCACUCCAGGCCCAGCAGCAGGGCCAGCCGGCUGCCGCUAUGCCCCUCAACACCCCCGCUGCCGCAUCGUCCCAACCAACUGACGUGGAAGUCGCCAUCCCAUCAGCUGACUUCGACUACGAGCUGCAGCAGGAAGAUCUCCGCUCUCUGAUGGCCGUGUUCGGGCAAGUUCUCGGCGUGAGCGUCAAUCCGAUGGAGGGCUCGGCAACAGUCACGUUCGCGCGAGAGGAGAGCGCACUGGAGGCAGUGAGGGAGCUGAACGGCGUGUGGCUGCGGCCGUACUCGCAGAGGCUGGGUGUGCGUGUGGUCAGUGGGCCUACCACACGCACAGGGAGACCGUCGAGGGAGAGUGCGGGUGCGUCGGCAUCAGCUGCUGGUGGUGGUGGCGACGGUGGACAGGGCAAGGGUAGGAAGCAGAUGUGUCGACUUGAGCUGGUGGAUGUGUUCGGGCAGGAGCCGGAGUUCAACAUCACACUGGUGGGUGUCAAAGGGUCAGUCAGUGGGGUGGCGGGCAGGGCUGGGCAGGGGUGGAGAGAGUGCAUCGAUCAAUUUAUCGUGCUCGUGUGUGUGUGUGUGUGUGUGCUGUUUGUCAGCGGAUGCUGGGUGACAACAACUCCAACAUCCUCCAUAUACUGAACGAGGCGUGGAAGCUCGUCGACAUACACAUCAAAGGUACUCAGGUACCACACACACACUACCAGACACGUAACAGUGUGUGCCUGUGUCCCGUCACCUUGGGGGGAUGUAUGGGUCAACCAACAUAACACGUAGGCAAGGCGACCAACCAGGCGCCCGCAUCCGAGCGGCUGCACCUGACCAUCACCUCAUCCGACGCACAGGCCUACCGCACAGCACGGGACCUUGCUGAAGACCUCUUCGCCGCCAUAUGCGACCAGUUCAGGGACUUCUGCAAGUCAGUGACGUGACAUCACCCUCCACCCACACACAGACGGCUCUCUGUCUGCCGAUGGAUAGAUGGACUUGUGUGUGUGUGUGCGUAUGCCAGGGUGAAAGGUCUUCCCCCGCCACACAGCAUGGGUUUCCGUCGGCAUGACUACAUCGAGGAUAUGUCCCAGCCGAACAAACUCAACUACAUCGGGCACAGGGAGAGGUGGUCCCUCAUGGGCGGGCUCAUGCACGAUAGAGAUUGACCUCGUCGAUCCAUCCAAUUAUGGAGAGAGACGACACACACAGACAGAUGAGGCAGGACGACUCAAGUGUGCGUGUGGGGUCCGUUGAUAGAGAGC